CCCUGUGUGUGGAUUCCCUGGGCUGUCAGUGUUUCCCCCCCACCUCUUGGCUAUCAGCUGCUUUGGAGAUUAGUUUCCUAGCAAGGAUUCUUUCUUUAAAGCAACAUGAAGCGACCGUUUUCACAGGGGCACCAGCCCCUUUGCUUUUACCCUGUCCGAAGCCAGCAUGUCGCUGAAAACUGAGCCGAUAGUAAAUAUAUCUGCGCUGCAGAAAAUCGCUGCUGACAUGAGUAAUUUGAUAGAAAACCUGGACACGCGGGAGCUCCACUUUGAGGGAGAGGAGGUGGACUACGAUGUGUCUCCCAGCGAUCCCAAGACACAGGAAGUGUAUAUCCCUUUCUCUGCUAUUUAUAAGACUCAAGGAUUUAAGGAGCCUAACGUACAGACGUACCUCUCUGGCUGUCCAAUAAAAGCCCAAGUUCUGGAAGUGGAGCGCUUUACGUCUACAACAAGGGCACGGAGUAUCAAUCUUUACACUAUUGAAUUAACACAUGGGGAAUUUAAAUGGCAAGUUAAAAGGAAAUUCAAGCAUUUUGAAGAAUUUCACAGAGAACUGCUCAAGUACAAAGCCUUUAUCCGAAUCCCCAUUCCCACCAGAAGACACACAUUUAGAAGACAGAAUGUCAAAGAAGAGCCUCGAGAGAUGCCAAGCUUGCCCCGUUCCUCUGAAAACACGAUGAAAGAAGAACAGUUCCUUGGCAGGAGGAAACAACUGGAAGAUUACUUGACAAAGCUACUAAAAAUGCCCAUGUAUAGAAACUAUCAUGCAACAACAGAAUUCCUUGACAUAAGCCAGCUGUCUUUCAUUCAUGAUUUGGGACCAAAGGGCAUAGAAGGCAUGAUAAUGAAAAGAUCUGGAGGACACAGGAUACCUGGCUUGAAUUGCUGUGGUCAGGGAAGAGCCUGCUACCGGUGGUCAAGAAGGUGGUUGAUAGUGAAAGAUUCCUUUUUACUGUACAUGAAGCCAGACAAUGGAGCCAUCGCGUUCGUCCUGCUGGUGGAUAAAGAAUUCAGAAUUAAGGUGGGAAAGAAGGAGACAGACACGAAAUAUGGACUCCGAAUUGAUAACCUUUCAAGGACACUUAUUUUAAAAUGCAACAGCUAUAGACAUGCUCGGUUGUGGGCAGGAGCUAUAGAAGAAUUCGUCCAGAAAUAUGGCAGCAACUUCCUCAAAGAUCACCGAUUUGGGUCAUAUGCUACUCUCCAAGAGAACAUUUUAGCUAAAUGGUAUGUUAAUGCCAAAGGAUAUUUUGAAGAUAUUGCAAAUGCGAUGGAAGAGGCAAAAGAAGAGAUUUUUAUCACAGAUUGGUGGUUGAGUCCAGAAAUCUUCCUGAAACGCCCUGUGGUUGAAGGAAAUCGUUGGAGGUUGGACUACAUUCUUAAACGAAAAGCACAAGAGGGGGUGAGGAUCUUCAUAAUACUGUACAAAGAGGUGGAACUUGCACUUGGAAUAAACAGUGAAUACAGCAAGAAGACUUUAAUGCGUCUACACCCCAACAUAAAGGUGAUGAGGCACCCAGAUCACGUGUCGUCCGCCGUAUAUCUGUGGGCUCAUCAUGAGAAACUUGUCAUCAUCGACCAGUCAGUGGCCUUUGUAGGCGGGAUCGAUCUGGCCUAUGGCAGGUGGGAUGACAAUGAGCACAGACUCACGGACGUGGGCAGCGUGAAGCGUGUCAUCUCUGGACCGUCUCUGUGUUCCCUCCCAUCUUCACAGGCUGAAAUAACAGAAUCUAUGGAAUCCUUAAGCCUCAAAGAUAAAAAGGAGUCUGCUAAAAAUCUGCCCAUCCUGAAGACUGCUGAUGAUAUGGAUUCAAAACUGAAAGGCAUAGGCAAACCCAGCAAGUUCUCCAAAUUCAGCCUCUACAGGCAGUUGCACAGGCACCACCUGCACGGCUCCGACAGCCUCAGCAGCAUCGACAGUGCCUCCAGUUAUUGUAAUCACUGUAGGAGUCGUCAGAAUUUAAUCCAUGGUUUAAAGCCCCACUUGAAACUCUUUCGCUCUUCCAGUGGUUCUGAGCAGGGGCUCCCUAGACCUGCCAUAGACACAGGCUCAGUCCGCAGUCUGCAGACAGGCGUGGGAGAGCUCCAUGGGGAAACGCGCUUCUGGCAUGGAAAGGACUACUGCAAUUUCGUCUUCAAAGACUGGAUCCAACUGGAUAAACCCUUUGCUGAUUUCAUAGACAGGUACUCCACCCCCCGGAUGCCAUGGCAUGACAUUGGCUCUGUGGUCCACGGGAAGGCGGCUCGUGAUGUGGCACGUCACUUCAUCCAGCGCUGGAACUUCACAAAGAUUAUGAAACCAAAAUAUCGGUCCCUUUCUUAUCCUUUUCUACUUCCGAAAUCUCACACAACAGCCCAUGAGUUGAAAUACCAAGUGCCUGGGUCCGUCCGUGCUAACGUUCAGGUCAUUCUGCCCUCUGCUACUGAUUGGUCUGCUGGGAUAAAGUACCAUGAAGAGUCCAUCCACACUGCUUACGUCCACGUGAUAGAGAACAGCAAGCACUAUAUCUAUAUAGAAAACCAGUUCUUUAUAAGCUGCGCGGAUGACAAGGUUGUGUUCAACAAGAUAGGCGACGCCAUUGCCCAGAGGAUCCUGAGAGCUUACAGGGAAGGCCGGAGAUACCGGGUGUAUGUGGUGAUACCGCUUCUGCCAGGGUUUGAAGGAGACAUUAAAACGGGCGGAGGAAAUGCUCUCCAGGCGAUAAUGCACUUCAACUUCAGGACCAUGUGCAGAGGAGAAAAUUCUAUCCUUGGACAGUUAAAAGUAGAGCUUGGCAAUCAGUGGAUAAAUUAUAUAUCAUUCUGUGGUCUUAGAACACAUGCAGAGCUUGAAGGAAACCUAGUCACUGAGCUCAUCUAUGUCCACAGCAAGUUGCUAAUUGCUGAUGACAACACUGUUAUUAUUGGCUCUGCCAACAUCAAUGACCGAAGCAUGCUGGGAAAGCGAGACAGUGAAGUGGCAGUCAUUGUGCAGGACACCGAGACGGUCCCUUCGGUGAUGGAUGGAGAAGAGUACCAGGCAGGCCGGUUUGCCCGCGGACUUCGGCUACAGUGCUUUAGGUGAGCCUCCAAGCCUGGGUCUGUCUUGACUGCUUGUACUGCAGUAGAACCGGAGCCCGGCCCAGCCUCAGCCGCCUCUCCAGGUUCUUCUUCCUCUAAUCGUGUCUCCCAGAUACAGGACGUGAACCACCAGGACUCCGUGAAAUGA